AUGAAAUGGGUCAUCGAAUUGUCUCCGGCGGCUGUCACUCAAUGGAGCGGAAAAACGGCGACUUUGCGGCUCUCCAAUAGUUGUCACCCGACGGAGAGGAGCUGGAUGGAGGUGGGGCACGUGUCAGGGAGCUUCAUCCUCAGGUCCGCAUAGUAAGAGGAAGCUCUUCAUCACAUCCGGUAUGCUCUCAGGAGGUGACGACUCAUCUCCCGGCAGAUCGUCCUCUUCCCGACGACGGCUUGUUCGUCGAUCAAUCGGAGAUGCUUCACUCAAUGGAUUCGCAAUCUUUGUUUCACGAAUCAUUCAGCAAUUUUAGUAACAAUGCUCCGCGAAUCAUGUUGGCGAGAUUUUCGCCGAUGAUCUAGCAAUUCUAGUAGCUUAAUCCUUCACCGGCGAUUUGUAGGAAAGUCACAAUAAUUAGAUAAAAGAUAUGAGUUUUGGUUCUUGGAGGAUUCGAACUCGCGCCAGUUGCCCGCCCUUUCUGGGGAAGGUGUGGCGUGAGUUUAGUCCCACAUUGCUUGUGCGCCGAAGUUUUUGACGAAUAUAUAGUAAUAUUACAUUUGCAAUCAAGUCCCUUUCUCGUGCAUGUACGACCACUCCUUGCCCCACAACCGGCUGGCCACCGGUGACGUGGAAGGGGAGUGGUGCACACGUGCCCCAAUCGGUCGUAGCCGCUCGAGCCCUUGUUCGCGGUUCCUCCUUGACUACACUUCCGACCCACUUGCGGGCCCGGCUGACCAGUGGGUCCCCCCCCCCCAUUUUGCUAUAUUUUUAUUUUUAUUUCUUUUUCUUCAUUUAUCCUAAAAGUAAGACUAUAAAAAUCAUAAAAAUUCGUAUAAUUACCCAAAAUUUCACAUUAAUCAAUUGAAAACUACUUUUCACACUUAACACAAAUUUAAGUCUAUUUAUCAUGAGUUAAGGCUAAAACUAUAUUAUUUACUAAUUAUUAACUCAUGAUAAUGAAGACUUAUCAAUGGGUAAGUCCUAUUGACAUGACUUAGUCAUUGUAUAGUAAAGCACACAAAUUUAAAAUUUAUAAAACUAGAAAAUACUAAUUUUCAGAUAUUUAGAAGUAUUUCUGAACAAAUAUAUCAAUUAAAUUUAAUAAAAAUUACAAAAAUAGUGAUAAUUUUCUAGGUCGAUCACAGGGAUGUAAUCUAAUAUCAAGUUUUCAGAAUUUUUCUCAAAGAAUACUAGUUUCUAUGAAUUUUAUAUUAUAAAAUUAAAAUAAAAUAUAUUUAAAAUUCAUGAAAAAAGAAAAUAAAGGUACGGACGUCAGGAUGAUGUCAACACCUGACGAACACGAAUCAUGUAGAAAUAGAGUUUCACCUAAUGAUUCUUACGUAAAUGAUUAUAAAUGAUUUAAUUGAUCAAAUUAAGAUCUGUAAAAGCCGAAAGAAUCGUAAUUGAAUGAAGUAUAACUUGGUAAAUUUAAAUCACAUAAACUAUCACUAAAUGAAGUAGAAAUUAAGUUGAAAGUGGGAAAACAGAGUCCCGACGUCGCGGCGGUGAUGCGUCGGUGAUGUACUAGAAUCCUGAGCGUUCAGGAGGAUUAUUGACGUGACUCAGUCGUUGUAUAUUAAAUCACGUAAAUAUAAAAUUUAUAAUACUAGAAAAUACGAAUUUUUGGAUAUUUAGAAGUAUUUCUAAAUAAAUAUAUCAAUUAUAAUUCAAUAAAAAAUUCCAAAAAUAGCAGUAAUUUUCCAGGUCGAUCACAGGGAUGUAAUAUAAUAUCUGGUAUUUAUUCAGAAUUUUUCUCAAUGAAUACGAUUUUCUAUGAAUUUUAUACUAGGAAAUAAGAAGGAAAUAUAUUUAAAAUUCACGAAAAAAAAAGAAAUAAGGACGCGGACGUCAAGAUGACGUCAGCGCCUGGCGAACGCGAAUCGGGCAGAAACAGAGUUCCGCCCGGCGAUUCUUGCGUAAGCGAUUACAGACGAUUUAAUUAAUCAAAUUAAGAUCUGUAAAAGCCGGAAGAAUCGUAAUUGAACAAAGUAUAUUUUGGUAACUUAAAAACACAAAAAUUAUCACUAAAUGAAGCGUAAAGUAAAUUUAAAGCAGGAAAACAGAGUUCCGGCGUCACGACGGCGAUGCGUCGGCGAUGCACCGGAAUCCUGAGCGUUCGGGAGGAUCGUCGUGCAGUGUCCACGGCCUCGAAGGCUCUCCUUGGACAAAGACGACGUGGGCAAUCUCUAGAUCUUCUCGCGAAGUCUAGAGAUCAAUGAAGUGGGUCGUCGAAUUGUCUCCGGCGGCUGUCACCCGGCGGAGUGGAAAAACGGCGACUUUGCGGCUCUCCAGCGGCUGUCACCCGACGGAGAGGAGCUGGAUGGAGGUGGGGCGCAUAUUAGGGAGCUUCAUCCUCAGGUCUACGCAGCAAGAGGAGGCUCUUCAUCGCAUCUGGUACGCUCUCAGGAGGUGGCGACUCGUCUCCUAGCGGAUCGUCCUCUUCCCGACGAUGGCUUGUUCGUCGAUCAAUCGGAGAUGAUUUACUCGAUGGAUUCGCGAUCCUUUUAUCGCGAAUCGUUCAGCAAUUUUAGUAGCAAUGUUCCGCGAAUCGCGUUGACGAGAUUUUCGCCGAUGAUCCAGCGAUUCUGGUUGCUUAAUCCUUCACCAGCGAUCUGCAGGAAAGUCGCGAUAAUCAGAUAAAAAUAUAUGAAUUUUGACUCUGGGAGGAUUUGAACCCGCACCGGUUGUCCGCCCCUUCUGAGGAAGGUGUGACGCGGGUUUAGUCCCACAUCGGUUGUGCGCCGAUUUUUCAGGUGAAUAUAUAGUAAUGUUAGCUUUUUAAGCAAAGUCCCUUCUCUCACGUGUACGACCACUCCUUGCCCCACAGCCGGCUGGCCACCGAUGACGUGGAAGGGGAGUGGCGCACACGUGCCCCUAUCGGUCCAAGCCGCUCGAGCCCCUGCUCGCGGCUACUCCCUGACUGAGCUUCCGACCCACUUGCGGGCCCGGCUGGCCGGCGGGUCUCCCCCAUUUUGCAAUAUUUUAGUUUUAUUUCUUUUUCUUCAUUUAUCUCAAAAGUAUAAAAAUCACAUAAAUUCGUAUAAAAUCACAUAAUUACCCAAAAAAUCACAUUAAUCAACUGAAAACCACUUUUCACACUUUAACACAAAUAUAAGUCUAUUUAUCACGAGUUAAGGCUAAAACUAUAUUAUUUACUUAUUAUUAACUCAUGAUAAUGAAGACUUAUCAAUCAUUGUGUAGUGUCCAUGCCUUCAAAGGCUCUCCUUGGACAAGGAUGACGUGGACAAUCUCUAGAUCUCCUUGCGAAGUCUAGAGAUCAAUGAAAUGAGUCAUCGAAUCGUCUUCGGCAAUUAUCACCCGGCGGGGCAGAAAAAUGGCGACUUUGGGGCUCUCCGGCAGCUAUCACCCAAUAGAGAGGAGCUAGAUGGAGGUGAGGCAUGUGUCAGGGAGCUUCAUCCUCAGGUCCGUGUAGUAAGAGAAGGCUCUUCAUCGCAUCCAGUAUGCUCUCAGGAGAUGAUAACUCGUCUCCUAGCGGAUCAUCCUCUUUCUGACGAUGGCUUGUUUGUCGAUCAAUUGGAGAUGAUUUACUCGAUAGAUUCGCAAUCCUUUUAUUGCAAAUCAUUCAGCAAUUUUAGUAACAAUGUUCCGCAAAUCGUGUUGAUAAGAUUUUUCCCAAUGAUCAAACAAUUCUAAUGGCUUAAUCCUUCACCGGCGAUUUGUAGGAAAGUCGCGAUAAUUAGAUAAAAAUACAAAUUUUGGCUCUUGGAGGAUUUGAACUCGCAUUGUUUGCCCCCCUACAUGAGAGAUAUUGAAAUAAGUACUUUAAUAUCCUUAUCAAGUGACAUCAUCAUGGUAUAUCUCUAUUAUAACAAAGGGGUAGUUUAAGUAUUAAAAUCUUCGAAGCUUUUCAAGGGAAGGUGUGACACGAGUUUAG